UUUAAAUUACGUUCAUCUUUCACUGUGAGCAUUUUGGUUUGCAAAAGCAAUCAUCAAUCAUGGGAAGCGAUAGAAAAUCGAAACGAGCUUCACCCUCCCAACGCGAAGAUGAGAAGAGAAGCAAGAGGCGGAGAACGGUAGAGGAUGAGGAAAGGAAGCAACGGAAGAGGGAAAAGAAGGAGAAAAGGAAGGACAAAAAAUCUCACGAGCAUUCCAAAGAAAAUUCUGAGAAGGGGAAGUUGAAAGAUAAGCACAGAAGCAAACAUAGCAAAGUUGAAGGCCAUAUGGAUUUCCAAGAAUUGUCAAAUGAUGACUACUUUGCAAAGAACAACGAGUUUGCUACCUGGCUAAAAGAAGAGAAGAAUGUGUUUUUCUCGGAUCUUUUGGCUGAGUCAGCACGCGAGUUGUUUUCUGAUUUCAUCAAAGCCUGGAACAAAGGAAAGCUCGAUUCACAUUACUACGAAGGCAUUGCAACCGGACCUCGCACAUCCCAUAACUGGAAUAUCAAGAAGUAGCUUUAGACAUAAGAGCAGUCAUCUGGAUCCGAUCUCUAUAGAGCUUUUGAUUAGCCUUCCUUUCUAACCACAAGCUUGAAACAGUAAGUAUUGAUGUUUUUUUUGUUUUCUUUUUUUAUGUGUGUAAAUGAGAAUCUGCAUCAAUCUUCAAGAAUUAGUUGUUUGUGGUGCUAAAAGGAAAAAUGGUACUAGAACAGAGAACAGAUGAGUUAAAACAAAAAGCUUAGGGGAUUGUUUGCAGUGGCGGAUAGGCAUGCCACUUUCCCUGGCUGUGUUUCCGUGACUCAAUGUGACUGAUUCUGGAUGAUGGAUAAAAGUAGGGCAGUUUUUUCUUGUUACUGAAAGAUUUAUACCAGAUCAUUUAUGAUCAUAUAUACCUGUUGUGCAUCAUGGUAAUGAGGGUACAAUUUUUUCCUAUAA